ACAACCUCUUGACCUCCAGGACUAGGGUUUUGUUUGGACCGUAUUGCUUAUUGUUUAAGGUUUCAUUGAUACAAUAUGUAAGUGGAUCCAGUGAUAGCUCAACAUUUCUGAAGUUUGAACCACCGUUGUGAAUGACGUCACAACCUCAGCUCAUCAAGCAUCCAGAAAUGAACUCGGACUUGCCCUCAGACUGGAAUGGAUCCCUUCUAGUACCAUUAUUUGUUGUUAAUUUCUAAAUCUGAACAAAUCACAGGUCAACCAGUGACCACAAUUAAUUGUGUUAGCCGUUAGAGGUUCCAGUGUACAAUAGCAAUUACAGUCUUCACCAUGAUGCCUCCAACAUGAAGGGGAAAUAAGAUCUUUAAAUUUAUACCAGAAAAUUCACUCUAUACUUGUGAAAGCCUGACGCCUUUCAAAUGUUACUUGGUUGUGUCAAAAAAUCAGAAGGGCAAGCGAUAAGUAACAAUUCAUCAGUGUCCUAACUGUGUUUAUUUCGUGCAAGUCAAAGAGCAAAAGCUGUCUGUGUAGCAUUAUAGAGUGUGCAUACACAGAGUGGCGUUGCUAAUAGCCGUUUCCCACCACAAUCAGUGGCUAGACGCGCAAAAAAACGUGUAAUGACUACAUCACAUGUUACCGAUGCUGUAGAAAACCUAAUGCUAAAAUGCUAAAGCUACCUACCAUUGAGAGACGUCUUUAGUAACCGCUUUUCUUUAAAACCUCGGACUGUCCAAUCUCUAUUUCCACAUCAGAGUCGGGAUCCAAAACGUAUGGCUGCAUGUUAAAAACGGACAUUUCAUUCAUUUUCUACCUUUUCCUCACAAGGGUCGCGGGGGUGCUGGAGUCUAUCCCAGCUGUCUUCGGGCGAGAGGCAGGGUACACCCUGGACUGGUGGCCAGCCAAUCACAGGGCACAUAUAGACAAACAACCAUUCACACUCAUAUUCAUACCUAUGGACAAUUUGGAGUCACCAAUUAACCUAGCAUGUUUUAAAAAGAUAAAUCACCGUUUAUUACCAACUCCUAUAAACGCUGGAAGUCCUUCUAAGUACUUGGGGGUGUGACCAACCACAACGGAGUGGACAUGCCUAGAGGCGAGCGUUGGGUGGAAUACAUUAAAACAGACCGUUUUUAUGGGAAGCAUGAAAUCCAAAGAAAUCCAUGUGGAAUAGGUGCAGAUUCUGGAAGAACUAGAAAGUGUUCUAUGCUUUGACUAUUGCAACAAGUAUGGUUCCUCGACUGCUAAAACUGAUAAGCCCCUUCAUGGACUCUAAUCCAUGCGUUUUUAUUUUUGUUUUGUUAAAGUUUGUUAGUUUUUAUGUUAUUCCGAUAUUUUACUUUCCUCAGAAUGUACAGUACAGACCUUUUUUUUAAUCUAUGGUUGUUAACGAGCUUUAUAAAUUAAAUUGGUAGUCAUGCAGCAGCAUUGAUACUGUAUGUGAAAUAAAUAAUCUACAGUAAUCCUAAAACUCUCCUCUUUACCGACAUGAUCAUUCACGUACGCCACAUAGAAGCAAAGAUAAACGGUAUUUAUUUUGGAUUACAGGGAGAUACAAAUGAAGUCAACAUGCUAGAUCGCAGGGUGUACCAUUUCGCCGUGAGCGCUCUUCAAGGAAUCAGAUUGGUGUGACAUACAGUACUUAUCGCGCUAAUCUCACUUCCUGAUUGGAUCCUAACAUGUGUGUCGAUUAGGCAGCAACACCGCUGACGUGCAGUGAGGUUCGUGACUGGUGAGGCACUUUUUGUUCGAUACCGACACAGGAAGAGAAUAAUUCACCAAAAAAACGAUGUACACUCGGUGAUGUUUCUAUUAUUGGAUACAUGCUGACAGACAGAAACUGACAAGCACCAUGAUCCAACUGAGUGCACUCACUGAGUGUGCUCAGAUGGCCAGCAGGGCUUGUGCACUAAGUCGAGAUAGAAAAAAAAUUAAUAAUACAGUUGAAUGGACAAUUGACAAUAUUUGAUAUUAUCAUGAUUUGUUUUGACUUUUCAUCACUCGGCCCCAACUGCCUUCCCUGGCUGCACCUCACCGAGCAUCACCUGGCAACCAACAGCACCAUCAAGAAACAUGAUUGGCGACUGGGACCUGAAUGAGUGACAGGCUGAAAGCUAUCAGCUUCAAUGGCGUGGAGCAACCCACCAUUCAAGCCAAAAGUGACACUUUUCAAAUGCAGGACUAAGCUAUCACUCACAUGGUGUUCCACGGUUCCACUGAGCCUCCUCGUCUUACUGCUCGCUGGCCUCAGCACUGCGGGUCCACCCCAGCCAGCACGUCCGCCUCUCCUGUCCGGACAGCCUUUUAUCAUCUUCUGGGCCAUCGCCGAUUCCUCCUGCUCCACCAGGCCAGAUCCCGGAUCUUUUGGGAUGGAACGUGAAGGACGGGUGGUAGUCUUCUAUGAGGACACACUAGGAAACUACCCGUAUUUCCUGGACAAAGACACAAGAAUCAAUGGGGGUUUACCACAACACACACGGCUGGACAACCAUCUUCAGAAAACUCAGUUGGACCUCGAUGCAGCUUUGCCCGCCCCCAGGUACCUUGGACUGGGGGUGCUAAGAUGGUCUGCAUGGCUUCCACAGUGGGUGAGAAACAAGGAAAAGAAGGUUGUGUAUCAGGAGGCUUCCAGAAAUCUCCUAAAGGCAUUUUUCCCUAACUGGACGCCCGAAGAAGUGGAGAAUUGGUCAAGGGUGGACUUUGAGGCAGCUGCGCGGUCGGUAAUAAUGGAAACCCUGAGGGAGGUGAAACGCUUACGUCCCAAAGCAUUAUGGGGCGUCUCCCCUUACCCUAGCUGCUACAACGGGGAUCCUACCCAAACUGCUUUAGCCAACUACACCAACCAGUGCCCUCCUGCUGAAAAGGCCCUGAAUGACGAGCUUUUGUGGCUGUGGAGACGAUCCUCCGCACUUUACCCUCUUCUGUCCCUGGAGAAGUUACAGGGUGGAACAUCCGGAGGGAGACUUUAUUUGUCCAGUGAAAUCCAGGAAGCUCUCAGAGUGUCCUCUCUAGCUGGAGCCACGUUCAAUCUUCCUGUAUUCCCACUGGUCAACAGUGUGUACGCUUCCACCAACACUUUCUUAUCACAGUCAGACCUGGUAAGCAGCAUUGGCGAGAGUGCAGCCAUGGGAACAGCUGGAGUGGUCAUCUGGCAGAGAACUGACACCAAGACAGAGAGAGAAUGUCAAGACCUGGCAGAGUUCAUCCGCAAGGUCUUGGGACCUUACUCCAUUAACGUAACCACGGCAACGAGGCUCUGCUCAGCCUCCCUUUGCCAGGGAAAAGGCAGAUGUGUUCGUCAGAAUCCGGCCAGCUCCGCCUACCUCCACCUCCCACCACCCCCUGACAUGACGGAGAAGGUGACGGAGAAGGCGGAAGCAGUAAAAGCCACAAACCAGCCUGACCCUGAUGCUAAGGCAGCUGAACCGGACCCAGCCGAGAUGUGGAAGAAAGACUUCCAGUGUCAGUGGUACAAGACGACAGACAGGGACGUCUCGGAUCAGCAGUCCCCCAAAGAUGGAACCUCUGUCGAGGGGACGCUAGAACAAAUUUCCAGAGAUCUAAGAGGGACUUUGGCCACUUUUACAGUAGAUUCCACAACAAAAGGUGCCUCUGUGAUAGAACCAAGUGGAAACAAGUCUGUACUGAUGGCUGCGAACUGUUACAUAAUUCUGCUGCUUGUGACUGCUUGUUUGAGUCUGAACUAAAACACACCCUGGGACCCUUGCUGAAGUGCCUUUGAGGAAGAUACCGUUGACCAGUGCUGCUCUGUACCAUGACCUCUGACCUGGUAAUGUCAAUCAAGUGUGCAUAGAAUACAAAUCUGGAUGUGCCAAUGCACAGCAGCACUGGACUGCUGGAAGUUGGUUUACAAGCAAACGUUACAUACAGUAAAGGAUGAUAUAAACAUCAUCAAUAGCAGCAGUUUGUGCCCACCAAUAAUCAUUUGAAAAAUACUUUAAAGUCCACUUCACAGUACAGUAUUCAUCCUCAGGAUUUUGCAGUAUUAAUUUUUCCAUUGAAUAUACGAUGAAAAUAAAGGGAAAAGAUGGGAGCUGUUAAACAAGAGUAAACUUAAAGGGGGCCUAUUAAGCUAAUUUUGGGCAUUUUAUAUUUAGAUGUGGACUCCGAUAGAGCAGCUACACACAAUAAACCGCACAGAAAGUUUUCUAGAUCUUCCAGAAUUUGCCAAUCCAAACAUCUUUCAGGGCUCAUUCCAACUGAGCGAAGCUCAUUAUCUGAAACCUUGGUAUCGUUUAACACAAGAAUACCACAUUCUAAUUACAUUUAUAGGUCAGAAAAUUGGAAAAAAUUUCCUCUUUCAGCACAGAAGGACAGAUUUUGACCUUUUCUUUGUAUUAUAAGAAUACUUACUGUAUAACUUGGAGGUUACUGGCCAAAUGACUGCAAUUCAAAGUAGUUGAGUAGUGUAGGAAGGGGUAAUGGACAUUUGUUGUACAAACUGCCUGUUUUUGACAUUAUUAAUAAUGAAUGGCUGCAACAGUAGUGACCCUUGACUGACAAAAUAUAAAACAAGCAUAGUCCAGGGAUGCCAGUUUAAUAAACAGGUAACAUGAAUCACUAGUUUUAAUUUCUCCAUCCUAUAGCAAUCAUGCAACAUGUUCCAACUCUCCAAAAAAAUGACAUCUCAUCAUCACAAGCAGAGUUAACUGAACUCACCAGUUUGCAGAGUAACCAAAUAAAUAACAAAGUUAAAUAAAAUAAGCUAUACACGAUGCUCACCUUCUCUCGUUUGGGCCCGCGAUGAAAGAAUGUGUCGUUAUUGCAUUUUCAUAAAAAUAGACUUUGUUUCAGUCCCAAAAAAAAAAAGUCAUUGGAGCAGUUCAGGGGGGGAAAAGGGAAACAUCGCCACCAUGUGGCAAGUAGAGGUUAGUGCAUCCUGCUCAAAGCUGUUUGGACGGAUACGCUAUAAUCAAAUUAAUGACGUACAAUACACAAAUCAUCUGUAAAUAACACACAAUCAUAAGAAGUGAGGGGCCAAACCAUCCAGUAUGCCUUGUCAUUUACCCAGAGGUUAAGAAUAAAAAGUGAGGACUAGGAUACUGUACUUGCAGAUGACCUGCUUGCUGCUGUUGUGUCUUCACUACAAAAAAGUGACAGGGCAGGGGGUUACUUGCAAAUGGCCUCCAGAGCAUCCAGGAUGCGCUUGAUGUCUCGGAUCUGUGCCGCUAAGACGUUUAUGGGCUGCAUGGAACGAUCCAACUCCUCGCAUCGAGCCAUCAACGUGUACAUGCCCUGCAGGGAGAAAGCACAAAGAUGAUGCCUGAUGAAUGAAACAACACAAUGAAAUGUGUGGUUAUGUGUCUGCCUUUUGGAACUUGAAGGAAACCAUUGUGUGGUUUGACUCUACAAUGACAUUGAAGUAGUAAGGUCAAGAUUUGGCAUUUAAAAAAAAAACAUGCUUCUUGGGGUGAGCUGGAUACUCAAACGAGUAUCCCUUACGUAUAAUGCAUUUUUCCCGCGCUACAUGCAUUUAUUUUGUCGUGCAAACAGUGUAAUCCUCAUUAGAGGCUUGCUGCCAAAGUGCACCUCAACCUUGUGUGUGUGCGCCUUGUAAACCAGGGAUGUCCAAAGUGUGGCGCCCGGGUUGUUUGUGGACUACAGUGAUGUUGUUAUUGUAGUAGCUAAUACGGAGUAUCCCAAUGCCUCGCUACUUUUGUCCCAAUGAUGUGCAUUGUUAGCUAGCUCAUAUUAACUGGUUUUCUGGCGUUAUAAUGCACAGAAAAGUGAAGGAAAUGUGUAAAUGUUUCACAAAAGGAUGGUAAAUAAUGGCAACAUUUUUAAAAAAGUGCAUUUCCCCUUUAAGGUUUCACUGUAUGAUACAAGUCUGGUACCUUUAUACUCAUAUCCACAGACUCUCCCAGACUGUCCACUGAGUCUCUGUAGGUCUGAAUGUAGCCCACACUCAAAGCUGUCAUCUGGUCAGAGAAGCAGAAAGAGGCAUUAUGUACCUUCAUCUCAUUCAAUUACAUUUUAUUUACAUAAACAGCCAAAAUCACAACAAAAAAAGGUAUCUCAAGGCACUUUACACAUGCUACAGAUCGAUGAAAAUGCUCCUCUGAAACAAAGAGAAGCCAACUGAAUCCCCGCAUAAGCAAUACGGAAAGAUAGUGAUCCGAGAUGUUUUGUGUAGAAAUAUAGAAACCACACACAAAAAUGAAAGUAUUUUGUCAAGACCUACAUUCUGGAUGGUUCCAUUGAGGCUGCGCAUCAUCACCUCCACACUGUGUGCCACUUCCUGGGUGUGUCUCUGCAGGUCCACCAGGACGGUGGGAUCAAUGGGCGGGAUGUCUGCAGGUCUUCGUGACAACCCUCUGCUGCGGUAGAUGGGACCUGAACAAUCCGCUGGGAAAACACAAUCCAUAGAUUAGAUGAAGAAAAUAUGAAUGAAGGAAUAUUGUAUUGGAAUUAAGACUGCAUCCAUUUGGUCAACAAGUUGCUCGGGAAAAGAAGGGGGAAAUUAAAAAUAUGUAUUUUUUUUCUUUUAAUAGUUUCAUCUCCAACAAUAACCAGAUAGAGUCUGGGUUCUGUUCAAGAUUUCUUCCCCAGAGGGAGUUUGUUCAUCCACUGUGGUACUCACAGUCACUGCAGUCCAGACUGGGCUUGGAGCUCAUCUUGAUCUUCUGCUCCAGGUUCUUGGUGAUGAAGUUCGUCAGGUCUCCAUCAUGGCU